CCUCACACACAGCUACCAACUGAAAGCCAAGAUGGGUCAUGAGAAGUACCCUGACACGCAGGAGGGAUGUGUCGACUUCAUGAUUCCCAAGCCCGCCCAGAAAGCGGUCAAGGAUGCUUACCAAUUCGCCAUCACAUUGCAGUGCAUCAACGCCGCGGAGGACGGCAGCAAGUCGUGGGACCACGGUAUCUUCGACUGUAUGGACAACAUCCCGCUGUGUCUUGCCAUUAUGUUCUGCAACGGCUGGGGCUUGUGCAUUUCCUACAGGAACAUGCAGUACAUGACCGGUGACAGCUGCGAGGUGGCCUUCGUGAAUGGCAUGGUGGCCGGCUCGGUGUGUCUGGGCCCCUGCCACUACGCGGUGGUGCGCGGCAACUUUCGCAAGAAGUACGGCCUCAAGGGUAGCCCGUGCCAGGACUGCAUGUGCGGCUGCUGCCUUGGACCCUGCGUGCUGUGCAGUGACACCAACCAGCUGAUGGUGUCGGAGGGAAUUGCCGUGCCCUUCCUCAAUGGUCUCAACGCCAGCGGUGCGGGCGGCACCAAGGUCAGCCCCGCCAAGUAGUGUGGCGGCGGCGGCAGUGGUGCACGGGGCGACGGGUGAUACAUCGGUGUUGCUGGCAAAACUGUUGCCAGCUGCCUCAUGCAUUCUCGAGUCCUGACGCUGUCAAGGCUCAAGGGUGUGGUGCCUCUGGACAUCGUCAACGUCGUCGUACCGCUACAUGUUAUCAAAGAUAUUACGGAUGCAUGGUACUACACACAAAAUGUGGCAAAGUAGAGCUAACUUGUAUCAAGGCAGGUGCAUGUGUAUAAGUCCGACGGCGGUAGGUGCUUUGACGUGAGCACAUUUCCGUCCUGUCCGUCAUGCGGGCACGCAGGGGCACGUGCGUUUAUCAGGACAGGUCAAAAGAUCUACGUGAGUGUACAUACUUGUGUUGCCGCUGUCCGAAACGUUUAUAGUUCCCGACCAAGGAACGAAGCCAGGCAUGCAUGGUCAUUGAUUCAUUAUUUAUGCCGAAGGCGCUGCCUUCAUAACUGAUUAACUGCUGGUGGUAUCUUGCACACACGAGCUGCUAAUGGGCUAAGGCACCAAUGAAUGCGGUCAUGGGCCCUGCAUGUGGUGUGAGGCACGCACGCUGUCUGACCAUCAAGGGUCACGCAUGCGAAUCCGUGUAGACCCGUGCCUCCCCAUCCCCCGUGUUGUUGUUGCGUUACAAGGUUGAGAGUGUGCGUCCCUUUCCACCGCAACAUCACCUCAUUUAAUGCAGACAGUAAAGGCGGUCCGUUUAGGCGGUUGUCAUAGGACUACUUUAUUCGAUUCCCCGUGCUGUGACAAGCCUGGCAGGCAGGGGUGCUAGUAGGCAAGUCAUCGCACGCCAACAUCAGCGUGAUAUAACUGGCCCC